CACCCAUGGUCGAUCCAUUGGCUCCACCGAGACCCUUUUUUCUAGCUGCCUCUUCAACCAGAGAUCCUCACCUACGCUCCUCUCCAACCAUGCCUCGCCAGGGUUAUGCUCAGGUAGACGCUACAGACCACGACCCUUCCCCAGUCACAACACCGCGUUCUGCGUCCCCAUCCGCUCUCUUCCAGCCGAGCGCACGUCCACCACCCUCCUCCUUUGCAUUCCCUUUCCAGGCCUACCCCGGCAAUCCCGAUCCAGGCAUGUCCAUCCCCGGUUAUACCAGGCGACGCUCCUCGUUGGAUAGCCUCUACCGCGGCCAGUCACCAUCCCUGUCCGACCAGCAGCCCAUCACCGGUGUCCUGCAUCAACGCUCCGCCUCUGUGUCCGACGACCUCCCUCCUCCCAACCCGCCCUUCAUGUCUAGCAACGCCGGAGGCAACGGCACGAACAGCGGCGCCUCCUCCGAAGCCAACUCGCUACGCCACUCUUCCUCGUCCAAUUCCCUUUACAAAGGAAGCGCCGCAGCGGCGGUCGCAAGCUCGGGUACCGCCAUCCCUCGCAACUCGUCCAACCACUCCUUCCGCACCCCAUUCCUCUCCCCGGCCUCGCGGCCGUCCUCGUGGGCUCCUCCUGCCCACCUCUCCGGACUCGGCCAAUACGCCGACACCAACUCGGCCAGUGCAUCCUCCACCGCCCUCGCGCUGGCCUACGCCAACGGCCUCCCACUGCCCAAGUCCAAACCUCCCGGCCCGAGCACGCGCCUCGUCCAGCCUCUCACCGAGGAAGACAAACCCUGGCUCACACACCGCCAACCUCGCGUACUCACCUCGUACCUCCUCACCCUCCUCUUCAUCUUCCUCGGCAUAUGUGGCGCCGCUGCCCUCUGCUACUUUGGGUACACCUCCGUGCCCCUCCUGGACGACUCUGACCUGUGCAUGGUGAUGAACGAGAACUUCAAUGGAGAUUCCCUCGACAGCGACAACUGGAACGUCGAGAUACAGAUGGGCGGGUUUGGGAAUGGCGAGUUCCAGAUGACCUCUGCAAGGGAAGAGAACCUCUUCAUCAAGAAUGGCCAGCUCUACAUGUACCCAACCCUCACUUCCGAGUCGCUGGGUAUCGACAUCUUCGACGGGUCCAACUACACAAUCGAGGAUUGCACAGCCGGCGAGGACUUUACUUCGUACAUCGGUCCAGCUCAAGGUUCGUUCCACGAUGGGUCCAACAACGCUCGAUUAUCGUGCAGCGCGAGUUCGAACGUGUUGGUUGGGAGCGUCAUCCCGCCCGCAAUGAGCGCGCGAAUCAACACCAAGGGCAAGAAAAGCAUUCGAUACGGCAAAGUCGAGAUUCGAGCGAAGCUUCCAAAGGGCGAUUGGUUGUGGCCUGCAGUGUGGAUGUUGCCGGAGGAGAACAAGUAUGGCAAUUGGCCAAUGAGUGGCGAAAUCGAUAUCAUUGAAGGACGAGGAAAUGGACCCUCGUACUCGCACCAAGGCUCAAAUUAUGUUCGCAGUUCGCUCAACUAUGGUCCUCUUUCAGCGCUUUAUACCCAGAUUUUUGGGUGGCAGGGUAUGAAGCGCAAGUCGUUUGACCAGGAUUUCCACACAUAUACGCUGGAAUGGACGCCGGACUUUAUCCGCAUGUUCGUCGACAAGAGGAUCAUCGCCAUGUUGGAAGUGACAGGUUUGAGGACGAAGAAGAAGAACUUUUGGGCCCGCGGCAAAUACCCCCAAGUCGCCUCCAACUGGACAGCCGACGAUACCGGAAACGGAGAGAUGGUUGUCGUCAAGAACAUAUGGGAGGAGAACGAGGGUGCUGCCAAUGCGCCGUUCGACCAGCCCUUCUUCUUGAUUGUGAACCUUGCCGUGGGCGGGACGAGCGGGUGGUUCCCGGAUGAUUCGUCCUCGUCUGAGGUUUCUGACUCGAAAAAACCGUGGUACGAUGAGAGCCAAACCGCCAUGCGCGACUUUGCUAGGGCGCAGGAUAGGUGGUACAAGACGUGGCCGGAGAACAGGGAGGUUAGGAGUCUGAGAAUAUGUGGGAGAUGUGUCGAGGUCGGAAGUAAGACUUCCAACCUUGGUCUUCCAUUCCUCUCUGUCGCGACAUAUACCCAAAUCCGCUCCCUCUCGAGGACAUACUCAACCUUGCCAUAGAAUUAACACCGAACAAUGAUGUCUCUCCUCUCGUGCUGCAUGUAGUUUCUUGGGACGCCCCCUCCUUCCCCCCUUUCAAAGUUUACGACGCCUACGGACAUCUACCUGCCCUACUCUUACAACUCACUCGUUCGCUUUCUCGCAGUUCACUUCACACCACAUUCACGAUAUUUUUCCUCUUCCCCUUGCAAAGCACUUACCUCAUUUGAUCGUUGUUCUGAUAGCUGCUCACUGGCCGUUCUCGCUCGCAUCCAUACCCCAGCCCACAAAUUCACUUAUCCAGCCUUUUCUCAAUCCCAUACAUGUACUCGAGUGUGCCAAUUCGUUUCUCCAGCGGGCUAAACGGUGCCGUAGAUAUCCAAUAUACGAGUCAGAUUCACUUCCU